GGCAGCUGAUGAGGACAAUGUUAUGUACAUUGAUGGCAGUAGUGGGGACGGGGCCGAACCCGAUGGAGGCGAAACGCCCGACGACGAAGACAACACAGACGCACCGGCCGAAUUGGGAUCAGGGACAGACAGACCGGGAACAAAAGUUGCAGCGCCCGUCAAGCCGUCGUUCGACAACACCAUGAGGAUCAUGAAGAUUAGCAACAAGAAGGCGGUCUUCGUCGAGGAGUACAAUGACCCCAACUCGAUACAGUCCAUGCAGGUCUUUGGCCAAGUCUGCUCAGUGCUGACGUACAGAUUGCAGCAGAACCAGCUGACCAGCAUGACGGAGUCCUGCGUGGGUGUCUCGAUCACCUCGGGCAGUCUGGUGGUCAAGACCAAGAUCACGUUCCCCGAGGACGCGGCCGUCACGUCCACUGACCUCGAGACCGCUAUCCAGGAAGGCCUGAAUGACCGGGCCCUGACGGACGGGUCCGUGACGCUCAACGUGGACCCGCAGAGCAUCGCGGUGGCACCUAGCAGUACAGAACCCGAGCCAACCAGUGAAGGUGAACCAUCUGUACCAGCCACUAAGAAACCAAAACCAGUUAAACCAGACACCGCUUCGACGGCGCGACCCAACAAGGGCAACCCGGACAACGACAUCUUCUUCCCGACGACGAUGACCGCCAAGCCGCAGCCCGGCGACGGCAAGACCACCAUGUCCAACUCCAUCAACGACGACGUCAAUCACAACAACCAACUUGGCGUCAAAGACGAGAAGGAGAAAGAACAGAACUUCUUUGAAAUGAUUCUGAGCAACCCCGUUCUCUUAGCCGCUCUCGUCGGCGCAGUUGUACUCACCCUGAUCACAAUCAUCCUGAUCAUCAUGUUCAUGAUCUACCGCGUCAAGAAGAAAGACGAAGGCAGCUACUCGCUGGACGAGCCCCACAAAGUCAAGGAUCCCACGACUUACUGGAAAGACACCAAGGAAUUCUAUGCAUAAAAGAAACAGCUUUUGUUCUAGUUCUUUUUUUCUUUCUCUUUUUUGUUGUUGUUGUUUUCUUCUUCUUCCCCGUUAACUUAUGAAGGAAUUUAUGGAUUUUUUUUCUCGGUGGUUAUAUUUCUGGCUUCUUUUGUCGUCCAGGUCAGGUGCUGAUAUGUGGAGAGAGUAGAUUUGGUAAAGAAUUUGUUUCGUGAACUGCGAAGAACAAAAUGAGGCAAGUUCAGUAAAGCUGGUUCCAGAGUACUCUCAAUUGUAUUAUGUUGAAGUCUUCAUGCAUUGGUCUUAGGCCAUCAGCCUUGGAGUUUGGUCAGUAUCAAAUCAGGGCAUAAAUGAUAGUAGGCUGCAUGCGCAAAGUAUGUACCGCCCCUCGAGUGGUAAGAAGCAUUUUGAUGGACAUUUUGGAAGAAGGGCGAUAACACCCAAAAAGCUGCCAACACUGCAAUGCUGCAUUUGUAUCGCAUAUUUUCCAACUCUGGAGGUGUAUACCUUGCCAAAAAUCGCUCUGACGAAUACUCACCUCAUUUGAUACCGGCGGCCACAAUUUUUGGAAUACCCGGUAGGCUGAUGGCCUAUCUACACUACGGGCCGGAUUUAGCUUAUUCAUUGGCGUUACGGGGUAAUCCUAUACAAUAGCACUGCCCGGCUCACAAGUACCAGUCAGUCAGUCAGUCAGAGAGAUAGGAACGAAGAGGACACUAGACCAGUUCUCUGGGACCAGCAAUCAUAAGGCAUUUCACAGUAUGAAAUAGAGUUAUGAAACAUUGGUUAGAGUUAAUCGUCGAUGGGCGUCUAGUCUUGUAAAAAUUAAUACUCCAAGCAGAACUGAGUUUGUAUUUUUCUAUGCAUUGCUUGAAUCAAAGAGUGUCGUUUUUGUUGAAACUUUUUGACUGGAUUAUUGUUUUUUUUGCUAUUUUGUUGGUUGGCUUUUAAAUGCUGGAAAGAGUGUAUAGUGUUUGGAGAAUUAGGGGAACUUGUAAAAAAAAAAUUGCGAAAUGUUUUUAUUCGGUAGCUGUAGUUUCUGUAUUGGUCUUUCCCCAACAUUGAAAUGAUUUGAAUCAUUCACAGUACAGGAAAAAGCUUUUUAGAGGCCACUGUUUUUUUACAGAGAAUGAAAAGAAAUUGCACUUUUACACUGAGAAGAAUUUGUGUUGUCCGCUAUUAUUCACCACUGAAGCUAUACACUUAACUUAUUUCGUGGAGCGAAAAUAUUUUAAGCAGAAAGUAUUGCUGAGCAAAUUUUAUAUGCGCCAAGUACCAGUCACAGGCAGUGUAUUCCAUGCCAUUUUAGCCGGUAACCUGAUUUAGCUAUGAAGUUAAAGGUAGAAUGGACCAUUUGUCAUUUGUGCAUUGAUUUUCAUUUGAAGCAACAAAAGUGCUUAAAAUCUGAAGACCGGAUGCUUAACAAGUACAAAACUUGAUGAAGGUUUAGCUCUGUGAAUGCUGUAUAUUUUGAGAAAACCACAACAUUCUGGAUCUUGAUGUCAGUCCAAAAGUUGCCGAGUCUAUUUUGAAUUGCGCCCUCUUGUGACACAAUCACGAAAUCAUGACACGAUUCUUAUGCAGCCGAUUUUGGCUGCGUGAUGUCACACACUGAACCAGCGAAUAGCCGCCGCGUGCGUGCAUUCAUUUGUGCGUCGUGUCAAAGCUUGCACCCACUCACGGAUUUACCCAAUAUCAAGCCAGCAACUACUAACGGAAAUUUUCAAUAAAUGUGUCACUUGGCACAUCUUUGGAAAUGACCUUCUUUUGUUGUUUUCUUCAAAAUGACAGCAUGCCAGAAGGAAUAAUUUCACAGGGAGUCUAGUGUCUGUACAAUCUUUCAACCAAGUAAGAUUAACGAUAAUUUGGUCGGUUACGUUUUUGAUAGCUGCAAAUGGUCCACUCUACCUUUACAAUCUGUGCUCGGCUGUCUCAUGAAAUUGGGCUCUGAUCACUUUUUUUUUAUUAACUGCCAUUACCGAGAUUUUAUUGAAGGAAUUAUCAAAUAGUUUAAAUCAUGGGUAAAAGAUUGAAAUUCUUUCCCUGUUGUAACUUUUUCCCCUUAGUGUACUUCCUUCAAAAUUGAUUGGCGUUAGAAAUUCACUCACCUUUUUGGGCAAUAAUUUCUGGUGUUUUUGUACUUGUUCUCUUCUUUGUUUCUUGUGCCCCAAAAAGUGGGGGAAAAAGACAAAAUUAUUUCAUUGGGAAGUUGGUAGAGACUUAUUGAUCAUUUUUAUUACCUCAGUUUAUUUUCAUUCAUAAUGAAAAAAAAAUAAUAUUAGAAACGUGGAUUGAAUUUGGUUGAUGUACAUGUACAUGUAGUUAGAAUGUGUGUGUGACUGUAUAGUAUUAUCGUGUACGCGUCCACUGAACAAAACGUUAAAAAAAAGAGAGAUUGUUGAAAACCAGUGCCUCAAGGAUUUGUACAAAAAAAACAAAAAAAGCUUUGAUAUAAAUAAGUAAAUUUCGUUUCAAUUUCUCGGUGUCGAUUGCUUACUCGUGGUGCCAAGUUCGGUGCGUUUUUAUUUAAGUGUCGUACGUAGUUCCCAAAUCUUCCAUGCUUUUUUCACCCACCUUCUUAGCAUGUUCUCGGAAAUAAAAAUUCACAGUCAGAUAGAUUUUAUAUUCGAACCUUUUUUGGGGACUAACUUUCCCGUAUCCUAUAAAAUCCUACGUCUGGUCUGCAGUGUUUUGAUGGAUUUUGAUUGGACUGGGGCUUGAAUGGCCCAGUUUUGUUUUUCGAAAGAGUCAAUUUCAACGAAUCUGCCAUUUGUUCAACUUCACAUGCUGGGUUUUUGAAAUUCCUUGUGAAAAAUUCCUGAGAAGUCAAUAAAAAUUGAAGAACUAGUUCACGUUGUUUAAUCAAAACACAGCAUAAAAGUUACAGCAGUAACACUGAAAUCAAUUCCCCGAACGUCAAGCAUUCUUUCCCUUCUUUUUUGUUUCCUUUCUGGAAAAACUAAAUCCUACGAUUCGUCAUUUGUAGUCCAUUGUAUAAUAUUUAAAUGUAUGAAAUAGGAAAAUACUAUACUUAAAAAAAAAACACUAACGAAAAUUCAGUUCUGCUUUUUAUAUCGUGUAUGCUAAAAUAAUGUUAGCCUUGCUUGUAAGAUAAAGAAUAAACAUCGAUAAUAAUGUUUUUACUUUCUUUCUGAAAAAGUUGUGUAGCCUCUGAAACGCUUGUAUUAUGCCUAUAGUGGGAAAACAGCCAGGCUAGUAAUAACCUUUGACCUUUAAAUAAUGGUAAUGAAUUCUUAAAAAAACAACAGUAUUUUAAACUAUUUUCUUGAAUUUUUUUAGAACUUGUGACUUUCAUAUUUAAUCUUUGAUUGAAAUUUAAGAGUUUUCGGAGUUUAGUUUUAAAAAUCGCGUAUUUAUAGGUUUGCUCAAUUACUAUGUAUAAAAAACACAUUGCGCUUGAGAUAUAGCACUGCACCAAAUUGAAUUCUUUUAAUACCAUUAGUUUAACACAUACAUGUAGGUCUAUGGACAACUUUCAGAGAAUUGCUAAGCGGAAAAUACUGCUAGCAGAUUUCUAUGCUAAGCAGGAAUCAGCAGGGAACCAGUGAAAAACACUAUACAAUGCAUUACUUUUUGGCUUGUAAACUGGUUUUGCUAAGCAGAUAUAUUCUGUGUUUAGCAAGUUUACACGCUGAGCAUGAAUCAGCUGGGCACCAGUGACAUCCCAUACAGUUCUUUAACAUUUUGGCUGGUAACAUGUUUUUACUAAGCAGAUAUUCUGUGCCAAGCAAGCUAACGCGCUAAGCGAGAAUCAGCUGGGCACCAGUGACAUCCAAUAGAGUUCUUUAACAUUUUGGCUGGUAACAUGUUUUUCCUCAGCAGAUAUUCUGCGCCAAGCAAGGUUACGUGCUAAGCGAGAAUCGGCUGGGAUCCAGUCAUAUUCAAUGCAGAAUAAAUAGCAUUUGAGCUGGUAACCUAACUGUGCUUAGCAGAAGAUGUCUGCGCUUAGCGGCUCUCUGAACAUUGUUUGAUUGGAGUCCCAAACAAAUUUUAUUUCAAAUUUUUUUUUAUUAUCUGAGAAAAAAAAUUGUUACGUCUGGCUAAAUUAAAUACCAAGGCUUCUAUAAUUCUCUCCUGAAGUUUGAAAAGGGUCACUGAAUAUGAAUUACCAGGAAAAAAGCAUUGCGAAAAAAAACCCACAAAUUUUUAAACUCCAAUGACUUGUAGUAUUGUCUGUAAUUUACAAGCAGUUGAAAGUUGUCAACUUUUUGCAUUCUGGUUAACUAAACGUUUUAUUCCAUCAGCUACAGACACUUGUACAUGUAGUUCAUCAUCUAAGCUGACAUCUACUGACAUUUCAGUUCAUUUUGUCCAAAACAGUAGGGAUUUUCUUAAUAUGAUUAUGUAAAUAGGUUCAAAGCGAUUAACUAGCGCUUCUUUUUUAUGAUCAUAGUACAUAAUUUUGUCUUUGAAGUGAUUAUUAAGCAAAUGUUUUUAUUUUUGUGAGUGAAAAUCUGUGAGUAAGUUGAAGGUAACAAAAAUGUCCAGCACUUUCGUUUCUUCAAAAUGUUGCUCUCCGGUGGAAGAAGAAAAGUGUACCUUGAGACGAAUUCCGGAGUAGAAAUUGAUUAUGUUGAAAACCAAAUAAUUUGACGAACUGACAAUACUUUGGUUUAUAGAUGUGUUGAUGUUUUUGACACUUGUUGGAACACUGUGGAUUGGAAAUUGGAAUGCGCUGUCAAGAUGGUAGAUAAAAACGGUUUAAACCAAAAGAAACUGCCGGGUUUUUUUUUUAGGUCCUUUGAAAGAAAAGUGAAAAGGUUGCAUUUUUGAUGUGUGAAUGUAGCUUUUGGUUAAAAAGCAUUUGUUUGUAAUUGCUUUUUAGGACAAUUUCAAAUUAGGAAUGCACUUUAUCUUUGCAUCUUUAAGGUCUAUCCGCACAAGACUUUUCACAAAUGGUUAUUCUGUCCUGAUGAAUUUAAACUUUUUGUGACAGUUUUUGGCAACUAUGUGGUGGAGGAAAGAGAAUUAUCGACCCAGAUAUUAAUAAUUUCUUGUCGAGGAGGAAAGCCAUUAGUCCACUAUACCCCAAUGCCGAAUCGUCUGAAAGUCAUCAAACUGCAACAAUGUCAUAUUACCUGGUAGUGACAAAGCCAAAAUGGAUGAAUUCCUAAAACACAGAAAUAAACGUGUUCUGCGAUUCUUAAUUUGACAUUAAUAUACCUCAGUUUGUUGCAUCACUUUCAUUUCAAAUUGUGUGUAUAAGCCCGGAAUUAUCAUAUAGUAGAUUUUUACUGUAAAUACAUUACUGUAGCAUUGUUAAAAAUUGUAGGCUUGUUCAUCAGUUCUUGACCAUUUUUAUAACAAAAUUAAAAAAAAAGACAAAAACACACAUUACAUGUAAAACACUGUUCUAACUAUCACUGUACAUGUAUUAAGACACGACUUGCGCUUGAAAAUAAAGGUUUGCAUCCAUAACCCAUGAAAAAAAGGA